UACAUUUCCUUCAUAUAGCUCAACGUUCAUCACAUUUUCAUGAACUUUAUAUUGAUACAAAUAUUGAUUUUGGUCGCAUUCUUUCAUCGAAUGUCAAACUUGGAAUUUUACUUGUAUCUCAAUUUGAAAUACUUUAUUUUACUUCACAAGAUUCUAAUUGUUCACUUCGUGAUCUUAUUAAAACAAUUGAUACUAUUUUUUAG